GGCCCUGUACAAAUGAAAAUACGAGAAAAUACGAAUAUAUCACCCUAGGCGACAACAACCUCGGGACACCGGGACAAGCGCCCAAAUAGGCGACGCGACAGGCCCCUUCGGACACCGGACGUCGCCUAACGUCUGGGAGGUACAGUAUCUGCGAAACGCGACGGCGACUAUGAUCAAAAUCCCUACCCACCGUAAUGCUACGAUCACCGACGUCGACAUUCUCAAAAACAGAAUUGAAGCCGGCAUCGACAGGGAGUUUGGGCAGAGAAGAGGCGCGAAGGAAGCGAAGGAAUGGUUCAAACAACAAGGAGAUCAGUACACUCGGUUUCAAGGUCCCACUCAUGCGGAGGCGGCGCUCAUGGCCUUGGCCAAUCAUUCGCGCGCUUCCAAAGACAACCUGGAGGCCUCGCUCCGCAGCAUCUUCUCUUCUAAGCCUCUAUCCAUUGGUGUGAGCAAAAAGUGCUGUUGGGCGUGCUGGCAACUCGGUCGGAAGCUUUUCAAGAACGAUGAUUCUGACUUACAGCUUCCUGGGACUCAUGGGACCGUAUUCCAUUGGGACCCGCCGACCUUUGGUAUUCCGGUGGAGGUGUUGAAGGAGCUUGUGGGAGACUUGGAAAAAGAGACUGUUCAACGGGCUGCUGACGAGGGCGUGAUCGCCUUGGAGCUGCAGAAGUCUGGAUCGACACAAUCCUCUCCUUGGUCCAUCGACUUUGACAUGCCUUCACCGGAGCCAGAGUUAGAUCAUGCGUUUUCAUUGUAAACCCUUUGACCACGAGCUCGACGCAUGUGUGCGCAAUGAUGGGAUAGGUCUUCUCGCUAUGCUUGUUAUCUGUAUUCUUUGAUGAUAUGAUGAUGCUGAGAUUC